AUGUCUACGGCACAGGUCGCUGCAUCCAACCAGCCUUUCGCGGCUCAUGCCUUUUCGCGGAAUCCACUCGAGACGCGUGAAGAUGUGAUCGCUGCAUGCGCGUCUUUCCUGGAUCCUUUGGAAGCUGGGUUUUCCCCAGGCUGUGCUCUCGUGCGAGUGGGCGGCACAGGCACCAAGUGUAUGGUUACGCAGGCCUUGGUUGAGAACGAAUUGUACUGACCGGGUAGUCGACGAGACGGCCGCUCAAAUUGAAGGCUUUGCACGUCCAUUAUGGGGUUUGGCUCCUUUGCUGGCCGGUGGCUCGUGCUACAAGAACACGUACCUAUUCGUGAAAGGACUCGCGGCCGGAACAGACCCUCAGGGCGACGAGUUUUGGGGCAGGAUGGAAGACCUCGAUCAACGCAUGGUGGAAUCCUGCCCUAUUGGGUUCACACUUGCUAUAGCCGGCAAAGACUUCUGGGAACCACUGUCUGAGACGGAGAGACGAAAUGUCGCAGAGUGGAUUGGAUCGAUGAACGACAAGGAAAUGCCCAACACCAACUGGCUUUGGUUCCGUGUGUUUGCGAAUCUAGGCCUGAGGGCAAAUGGCGCUCCCUAUUCUCACAGUAGGAUUGAGGCCGAUAUGGAUCACCUAGACACCUUUCAUCGAGGGGAUGGCUGGUCCAAUGAUGGCCCUUCGGGUUAUACUCAAAUGGACUACUAUUCGGGCUCCUUUGCGAUUCAAUACUUGCAACUACUCUACGCCAAGCUAGCCUCGGAGUUUGAUCCAAAGCGAGCAGAGGAAUACAAGCGACGAGCCAAGGCCUAUGCUCUCGACUUUGUGCACUAUCAGGAUCCAGAUGGCCAUUCGAUACCUUUCGGAAGAAGUCUGACUUAUCGUUUUGCAACCAUAGCUUUCUGGUCUGCCUUGGCUUUCGCUGACGUCGAGCCUCCCGAGCCAUUGACCUGGGGAGUGGUCAAAGGUCUUUUCCUCCGCAACCUUCGAUGGUGGAGCAAGCAUCCUCACAUCUUCCAGCCGAACGGCAUGUUAAACAUCGGGUACACGUAUCCCAACUACUAUUUGGCUGAGAACUACAAUAGCCCUGGAUCCCCUUAUUGGUCAAUGCUCGCAUUUGCGGCACUUGCAGUUCCAGAGUCUCAUCCAUUCUGGGCAAGCACGGAAGAACCGCAUCCCUUCACGAAUGCGCCUAGCCCUUUGCCCGCCGUUAAAGCUCUGAAGCAUCCAAAACAUAUCAUGGUUCACAAGGGAGGCCAUACGUUCCUCCUGUCAAGUGGACAGAAGUGCCACUACCCGCUCAAGGCGACGCAGGCAAAAUACGGGCAUUUCGCGUACAGCGCGUCGUUUGGAUACUCUGUGCCAACAGGCGGGUAUACGCUAGAGCAAUUCGUACCAGAGAGCGCCCUUGCUCUCAGCGAUGACGCCGGGGAGAUAUGGAAGAUGCGAAGGGCUGUGGAGAAUGCCGAGAUACUUGAGAAAGAUGGUGUCCCUGUCUUGUACUCAACGAUGCAGCCCUGGCAAGAUGUCCUGGUGCAGAGCUGGCUGAUCCCUCCUGGGGACGAAACUCCGAACUGGCACGUUCGUCUGCACCGCAUCAAGACCGGACGAGACCUACAGAGUGCCGAGGGUGGCUUCGCUAUCGCUGGCACCCGAAUUCGAGACGGAAGAAUGCUCACCGCUCUUUCUGAAGGCUCCCCUCCUAACGAGGGCACUUCUGCUUGGGGAAGUCAGGCAUUUGUCCUUUCCAGGGCUGGAAUUUCCGGAAUCGCGGAGCUAUUGAUGCCAGAAAGCCAUCGUAAAGGCGGGAUCUGUAACGCCGACGCGAAUAGUAAUCUCAUCGAGCCACGGACGCUGCUGCCGAUUGUAUCUUCCGACUUGAACGCUGGAUCUACAACCUGGUUUGCAACCGCUGUCUUCGCAGUGCCGGCUACCGUGGAAGGAUGGCAGAGCAGUUGGAGAGAGCAGUGGGAGAGACAGCCUGUUUUGCCGCGGUGGGUUCGCGAGAUGCUUUCGUAG